AGUGAUUCCCUAAACUCGUUGUAUACAUACAAGUACUUUCUCAGUGUAUCCUACCAGUUGAAUAUUUCCAGAAAUUACCACAGCAUACCCAUUUACAUGUUGUUCUGUCCGACAUGUGCUAAUCUGCUUGUAAUAUCCUCGGAAACAGGCUACAAUAAAUGGGCGUGCAAUACGUGCGCAUACGAGUUUCCGAUCUCGAAGCAAAUGACUUCACGCUCGCGUAUGAAACGCAAGGUGGUAGAUGAUGUGCUUGGGGGGGAGGAGACUUGGCGUGAUGCUGAUUCUACUGCAGUCGCUUGUGACAAGUGUGGUCACCCACGCGCGUAUUUCUAUCAGCUACAGAUUAGAUCCGCAGAUGAGCCUAUGACGACGUUUUACAGAUGCGCCGGAUGUGCCUACCAGUGGCGUGAAAACUAGUGGUUUCUCAAAAUACAUGAUGCUCCUGAUUCUAAAUAUUUCCGCCAAGCGGGUGCUUUAACUUGAGUGAAGGCUUCUCUAAUUUCAUGCGUGCACCCCAGAUUCUAGUUGUCUCAGUUGCAUUUUAAGAGUGACACGUUCGUUUGAUCAAUCUAUGUUCCAACCGUCAUG